AUGUUCAACAAUGUUAGCAUCUUGGAUCUUGGGCCUAAAAUGGCCGUCACUGUCGCCGUUUUCCACCAGGUGACCUAUGUCGGCGCAGCCGGCGCUGCCGCUGGCCACCGCGCCAGUCUCGGCGAAAGCAACAUCAGAGGCUCACACACGCCAUCCAGAGGGCUGUCGGAAACGACGCCAACACCCAGAUGCCCCCAGCUCAUCCGCGAAGGAGCGCACUUUGAAGAGAUCACGACAGACUGCUCGCCGUCGCAAAGAAGAGACGAUCGAUUGGAUAGCAUACUGGGCCGCAAAGGGGCCGAUGCCGCGGCAAUAGUUUGA